AUGCAUGUCAUGUCACUCCCUUCUCAUGUCCUAUCACUCGUCCCCCUUUUCCUCCCUCCUCGUCUCCCCCCUCCCCUUGGCGCCUCGCAGGCGUAUGCAUGCAACGCGUCAGAGGAGGAGAUGCGGCGCUAUCUGGACUUUGAGGCGCAGCAGCUGUGCCCCGACGACUGGUUCCACACGCAGGACCUGCUCUUCGCCAACAACUGCUUUGCUCUGCCCACGCGCCGCUGCCUCACCCGCACCUCACAGCAGCUCGUGGGGGGAAAGGGAGGGAUCAGGCUGGACGCGGGCGGCGGCACGGGCAGCUUUGCGGCGCACAUGGCGCGGUACAACGUGACGGUGAUGACCACCGCCAUGAACAUCGAGACCGUCACCGGCCGCCGCCAGGGCCUGCCGUACAUGGAGACCAUCGCCCUGCGCGGCCUCAUCUCGCUGCACGUCCCCCACAAGAUGGCCCCGGGGGUGGCAGGGUGUGUGGGGUGUGCGCUGAGUGCGGGUGUACGUCCUCAUAUCCCUUCAAUCAAUCUCCAAUGCGCAUUCGCUUCUCCUCCACUCACCUUCUCAUCUUCCCUUCGUCCGUUCCCCCAUCUUUUCCCCAUCGCCCCUCCCUCUCGCUGUUCCCUCCCCCCUGACCAACCCCUACAGCGACGGCUGCCGUUUAUGGACGGCAUGUUGGACAUGGUGCACUGUGUGAACAGCAUUAAGUACCUGCCCAUCCAGGAGUUUGAGGAGCUGCUCUACGACUGGGACCGCGUGCUCCGAGUCGCCCUGCUUCCCUGCCAUACACCUUGCCUGCCAUUCUCCUUGCCUGCCAUCACACUUGCCUGCCAUCACACCUUGCCUGCCAUUCUCCUUGCCUGCCAUACACCUUGCCUGCCAUCACACCUUGCCUGCCAUCACACCUUGCCUGCCAUCACACCUUGCCUGCCAUCACACCUCUUGUCUCCGCGUAUUUCCAUCCCUGCGUUCUCAUUAUAG